CCCUUGCUUCAAGGCCCGUCAUCAGGUAAUACCAUAUGUGGAAGGGGCCAUAGACAGAGAUCCGUCAUGCCUCGAGGAUGGAUUCAAAGACUAUGGCUCGGCGGAACCCUGACUCUGAUUAGCUGGAUAUCCUUCUCGUGCCAGAUUGGCAUCAUUUGGCCAUGGUAUGGCAGCGUCCUCAGCUUGGAUCUGCUCAAGCUCCUGGUCCCAUUCAAUUUGCUGGUGUUCAUGGUUUUCUGGAAUUAUAGACUUUGCGUCACGACGCCGCCGGGAGAGGUUCCAAGAGGAUGGCGUCCGUCUCUAUCCAACAUGGAAGGCGUCGAGGUCAAGAAGAAUAGUCAUGCGCCAAGAUACUGCAAGAUGUGCAAUCACUAUAAACCUCCCAGGACGCAUCACUGUCGGCAGUGCAAGACGUGUGUGCUCAAGCUGGACCAUCACUGCCCAUGGAUAGUCAAUUGUGUUGGCUACUACAAUCAAGGCCACUUUAUUCGAUUUCUCGUCUACGUGGAUCUCGCAACGAGCUAUCAUUUGGCAAUGCUAGUCCGUCGAGUUAUGGACAUGACACCUCGUUAUGCUGCCGAGCCUACGCUCUUUGACAUCCUCUUCCUUGUCUUCAAUUUUGCUACUUGCGUGCCUGUGUGGCUCUGCGUCGGCAUGUUCUCAAUGUACCACCUUUACCUCGUUUCCGGCAAUUCCACGACGAUCGAGGGAUGGGAAAAGGACAAAGUGGCCACCUUGGUUCGGAGAGGCAAGAUAAGAGAGAUCAAAUAUCCAUACAAUAUUGGAUUCAUAGCCAACAUGAAUUCUGUGCUCGGUUCCAACCCUCUCCUUUGGCUCUGGCCUCAAGCGAUGAAAGGCGACGGUCUGUCGUUCCCCGUCAACCCGGAAGCUGGCGACUCGGACGCCCAAUAUCAAUGGCCGCCUCAAGAUCCUACUCGUUUGCCCAAUCCUCCACCGAGGUCUGGUCAAUCUGCAUUCACCUAUGGAGGAGAGUCUUUCAAUCCCGCAUUGAAACCAUCAUCUUCAAGCAGCUCCGCAUUAGAGCAGAUAGGGAUCGGCGAGCUGCGUAACCGGAGAUUUUCAUCGACUCUUAGCGAAGGGUCAGAAGGCAGUGAAGCCAGUGGAUCUUCACCCGAACACUAUCUCUCCGACUAUGAUUACGACGAAAGUUUGGAAAAUGGAGACAAAGCCGUAGAAGAGGCUCGUCGGAUGCAGCAGCCGUACCCUUCCGAUAAUAAUGUCAGAGUACGCCGAGGCAGUGAGGGCUAUGAAGUGAGCUCCGGAGCUGCUGCCUGGAAUAUGGAUCUAGAACAUCAAGUCGCUGCACAUUCAGCCUGGGAUCAGCCACGAGGUCCAGUCUGGUUGGAACAGGGGAGAUACAACGUGUACGAGCCGCAUGCGGUCGAUGAUGAUGACGAUUACGACUCGGAUGAUUGAAGUCAUUCAAUGUAUAGACUUUUGACGAU